UUACCUUCAUCGAUCUCUCUGUUGUACCUGCCGAUCUGACUAGUACUUCUCAUUUUCCCUUUUGCCAUUGCAUGAUGGGAACAGAAACUCCUCCUGGUCGAUGUGCUUUCAUACUCGUCGUUAUCGCGAGUACCGUUCCAAUCCUCAUUACGGGAUACUUCGUCGUAAGCAAUCUGUUGCUCUUACGAAGGGGUGAUGCCGUGAUGCUGAUCCCAAAUGCGAAAAUCCGCGUCUGGAAUGGGGUUUGUGGUUUGACGUCUUCCUCCUCCUUAUUUUCCUCAUGGGAUCAAUCGGGGUUCUACUUAAGAUGAAAGCCGUCCAAAUAACUUGCAUGGCAUUGCUUAUUGUUACUACCCUUUCCCUCAUGGUGAUCAACGUGAGUAUCGAUAUCGGCGGGACCUUUGCUGAAGAUACGAAGAGGAUUCAAGACGUCUAUCGUCUCGAGACCUAUUCACCCUGGGCACAUAAGUUUCUGUUGAAGGACAGUGGUUGGAAUACCUAUAAAAACUGUCUUAUUGAAAGGAAAAUUUGUGACAAGCUUGGAAAGAGGGAUUUUGUUCAGGGGGGUUGUUGUAUGCCGCCACCAUACUGCGGCUAUGAGGAGAAGAAUCAGACGUGGGUGGUACCCAAGACCGGUCAGUAUGCAGACGACGUUAACUGUGUCCGCUGGGAUAGCGACAAAAGAAAGCUAUGUUACGAUUGCGAAACAUGCCAAGCAGUGUAUAUCAGCACCUUCAACGACAGUUGGGCCCUUCGAGCAUUGGGACCAAUUUUGCGUGCCCUGAUCUUGGCCGCUUGCUUUUACUUUACUUGUGAGGAUGACUGGCCGGGGACCAACCGAUCAGGAGGACGUGCUGAUAAUAACCCAUCAGGAGGGCGUGCUCAUAAUAAUCGAUCAGGAGGACGUGCUAAUAAUAAUCGAUCAGGAAGACGUGCUGAUAAUGAUCUCUCUGUUUAAUAAAAGGCAUAUGAUAUGCAUUGCUAAUACUAAUACGGUACAAUGCCAGGCCGCUUUAACAAUACACUACUCCUUUCUUCUUUUAUCUUGAUAUCUCAGGGGUUCGAGUC